AUGUCACCCGAGGCUCAUGUGCAUGAUUGGGGUUUUGGGCUUUCCUCUCAGGACAAAGGCGAGUUGCUCAAAAGGUGGGUAUCGGCAGCCGAGAACUUGAGCGCAUGUGAGCACCAGAUUGUCGCCUCGAAACGGGCCAACUUACGCGGCACAAGGAAGGUCGCCCUUGUCAGCGUCAAGGACAGAGACUGUCCGGGCGUGGUCGAGGAGACCAAAUACUGGGUUACCAUUGAGGAGAGCAAGACGGACACCGUGGACAUUGGGCAUGAAGAGCGGCUCACUGUCAAUGCUACGCCUACUGGUGCCAAUGCCUUCAACAUCCUUGCCGGACCUUCGGACCCCGGCAUGCUAGAGCGACCACGUGGUAAUUCAGAAAUGACCAAGCCUCUCUGUGGUGAUGUCUUGAGAGCCUACGAUUCCUACCGGGAGAACUUGGUUCCGCUCAAUGAAGAGGUGUUCCGAACCGAUGCCGAGAAGCACGACAAGUGGAGUUCGGAAAUCAAGCGUGAGCUGGCAUCUCUGUCCAGCGUGCUGAUUGACAUCCCACAAGAUGAUGAUCUCAAGACCGAGCUCGAGCGAUGCAACAAGCGCUUGAAAGGACUGGCCCUCAAGUUCAAGACUGCCAAGACCGGUCCCGAGAUGGUGACCGAACUCAAGAUUUUGCGAGGAAAGGCCAAGGGCCUCAUCCAAGAACUGAAGAAGUGCGGGUGA